GGUAAGACUUUUGGAACUGUUCGGGUUUACAGGUUAAAACCGAAGCCCAGACCGGCUCUGUUAGACCUCGUUGCAGCAGAUCCAUCAAGAUAUUCACCAGAAGAACUUGGAUAAACUAGUGCCUGGUACAGCUGCUGCUGCUGGAGGGUUUCAGAGAACCGGAUGCGGAACUCUGAGACUCGAGAACAAUAAUACAUGAGAGGAACGUGACUGCAUGAAGCUGUUGUGGAUCUGAAUGCUGAUAUCCGCUCCUGAUCUGUGUUAACUUCAACAACAGCUGAUCAACUCUGCACCUCCACCUUCAUCUCCUCCUUUUCCUUCUCCUACUCUUCCCGUCAUCUCCUCCUCCUCCUCCUGUCAUGAAUCCUCCUGCAGACUCCAUCUCUCCCUCCCUCCAGAAGAAGAGGAGGAGGGGGUCAGAGAGUUUGGAGGAAUCUCCCGUUCCUGUCGACAUCAACACACCUGAGAGAGUAGAGGAGAAGAAGAAGAAGAAGAAGAAGACGAAGAUACAUGAUGAAGAGGAGGAGGUCAGUCUUCCUCUUCCUCCUUCUCCUGUUGAUGGAGAGACUAACAGCCAGAACAAGAAAGAGAAAAAGAAGAAGAGGAUAAAGGAGAGGCAGAGGGAGGGAGGAGCAGAAGAGGAUGUGGAGGAGGUGCGGGCCGGUGCAGAAACCAGCGAGACAGAAAAGAAGAAGAAGAAGAAGAAAUACAAGAAAGGGAAUAGUGAGGCCAGCGCCCUCACGGUAACUUACAACAACAACAGAGAAACGGACUGCUUGGUUUCCAUGGAAACAAACAACACCGGGAUGGAAGAGGUGAAGAAGGAAGACGAGAGUGUGGAGGAGAUGAUGUCACAGGAAAGUGAGACUGUGGAAGAGAAGAGGAAGAGGAGGAUGAAAGGAGGGAGAGAGAAGAAGAAGAAGGAGAUGGUGACAGGAAGAGCAGGUGUAGAAGAUGAGUUGGACUGGGCGUUGGUGGAGGAGCUACAGGAGUUUGUUCCAGACGUCAAGCAAAAAUCAGUUGAUCAGAUCAGUAAACUGCUGAGAUAUGACCUGCAACGAUUCAAGAACUUCAAAAAGCAAGGUGUGUCUCUGCGUCAGGGACGAUGCUCUCAGCAGGAGAAUCGGGGAAUCAUAGAGAAUGUUUCAGACUUCCUGGCUCUGACAGGCAUCAGCUCGGCCAGUCAGCUUCUGUUUCCUCAUCGGUACAAAGAGCAGGAGGGUGAGAUCAGGAGGCUGAGAGUACGACAUCAUUUCCUGGAGAGCAUCGCGGAAGGGAUCCCUCGGACAUGUCAUCAGGUUUACACCAGAGCCAAGAAGAUUUUUGAUGACAGGAACCACAUGGGAAGGUUCUCAGAGGAGGAGUUGCGUUCUUUGAUCAAACUGCAGAACCUUCAUGGUAACGACUGGAAGACGAUCGCUCAGAAGAUGGACCGCAGCGUCUACGCCUUACAGAAACGCUUCGCCACCAUCGCUACAGGUCGUGGGUCGUGGAGUCCAGAUGAAGCGUCCAGAUUAAAGUGGGCUGUGAGGGCUCACCUGGAGGUCGUGGUCCAGCAGAGUUCUAAUGGUCCGUUUCUGAGCAGAGACCAGCUGUGUAACAACCUGCCCUGGAAGGAGAUCAGUCAGCAGGUCGGAACCAGGUCCUGGAACCAGUGCCGACUCAAGUGGUUCACUCUCCUGAAGUUGAAACUGUCUUCAGGUUGCAGCACCUUCAACAGAGGAGCUGAAGGACUUCAGGCUAAAAUUCACCUCAUCAACACGUUGUACAACAUGCGUGUGGAUGACGCAGCAGACAUCGACUGGGACGAGGUCGCUCAGAGUGUCGGUAAAGUGACUCCUGUGUGUGUACAGAAGAGUUUCCACAGACUGAAAGUUUCCAGAGUUCCCAACUGGACCAGUUUAUCAUACGGAGAGAUCAUUGACUUCCUGCAGCAGAGCGAGGUUCCUCUCCUGAAGGAGAAACUGAGGAGGUUCCGUAGACAGGAUGUGCAGCAAGAGGAGCAGGAGAAGAACAAGUACCUGGUGUCUGACAUCUUCACCUCUCAGGAUGAGGAGGACCAGGACUACGAGGAAGUGGACAACAGUUAGCUGACCUUCAGCCAAUCAGGACACAGAAAGAUGUAAAGACAGACGUUCCUUAAAAAGACUGUUUUAAAAAAGAAUGGGCCCCACCCACCUUAACUGUGAUUGGCUGUCCCCUGGCACCUGUCAUCUGUCAGCGGAAGGACUUCCUGUUACUAACUUAAACAUGCUGAACCAAAUUUAUUUUGACAGCUGUUAACCACAGGAAGUGGAUAAAAUGCAAGCUUUUAUUUUGAUGGCCCUAAUGUAUUGAUUAUUAUGUUUGUACAACUAGAUGUAUGAUGUUUUAACUUUCUAAUGAAAUUAGUUUUGUUUCAUUUCA